AUGUUCUUCCGUGCCACCACCGUGUUCACCUCCCUGCUACUGGUUGCGCCCGCUUUGGCGGCGGAAGCACCGAGCCCCGACAAGCGCGGGUUCAAGGUCGAGCUCCAUUCGCGAGCUUCACACCAUCCGCAUCAUGCGGGUAAGGCAUUUAAAUCGGGGUAAGUGUUUGUGUUGAAAUUUUUGGGAUCUUGCGUGGGAACACUCCUCAGAUCCUGCUGGGAGGGCAAAGAGGCGGAUUUUGUUGUGCUCGAGGGGUCUGUACCGUGUCUCCUUUCCGGUUCGCCACGUAACCGCGGCGGCCGCUUUCCUGUUCGGCUUCCCACGGCUUCCCUUGCGACGAUCGGACACAAGCAAUAUCGAACAGAAUGUACCCAAUAUCCGGAUUUUUCACUGAGCUGAGCAAUUAUCGCAACUGUUUCUCACCCACAGUCACGCCCAUCCCCACGCAAAAAGGCUCAAGAAUGGCCCGGCUCAUCCCCGUCGCCGUGGGGCAAAGGCUCACCAAGGACACCCUCCCUUCCUCGCGGCGACGAAGGCGGGAUCCAGUCAACCUUUCGCCAAGUUGACGAACGUCGGGAGUGAGUCAACCGCUGACGAAAAAUAACAACAGAGUCCGGCGUUUCCCAGAGAGCUGAUCCGUGCACGAGUCUGUCCAAAAAGACAUCGAUUGGAGCGCUGACGUUGCGUUUGGAAGUCCUGCGCAACACGUGCCCCUCUUCAUCUCGAUGGGGUCCCCACUGUGAGUGAGACUUUGACCAAAGGAGCCGCUUGGAAUCAAUUGAUCGUCUAAGUGUGGUUUCUGGUCUUGGAUGCUCAGAUCUACCGUAGCCGACAAAAGUAUCAAGAGCAUUAGCAAGGCCAGAUACGACCCCAGCAAGUCCUCGACCGCUCGCAAAAUGAGCAAAGCUCAAGUGGACCCCAACAGUGAGGCGCUGCAUCCUUUUGGAGGAGUGAAGGACCAAGUUGAGCUCAUUUCACAGAUAUGCUCUUGUUGUACAGCCAACGUCACCGUCAUUACCUACAAGGACAAGGUCUCAAUCGCCGGUUUCGAGGUUCCCGACCAAACUUUUACAGUCAUGACCUCGACGCCGGAUGGGUACUAUUUGGAGGACAUUUAUGCUAGCGGCGAUGUACCCUGGGCGGGAACUUUGGGUCUAGGUCGUACUGGUAAAAGAACGCCGAGCUUGUCAUUCCUCGAGAAUUUGAUCCGAUCGAGGAUUAUUCAUCAAGCGGUCUGUGGUAUUUCCAUCACCGUGAACGGAGGCGCACUCGAUUUCGGCUUCGUCGACUCUCGCUCUUACAAAGGCCAGAUCGAGUGGAGUCCUGUCGACACCGAUUACAUGGAAAGCUACUGGACGAUCAAGACGGGCGGAUGGAGCUUGAACGGGAAAGUCGUUGCCGGUACCGCUGGUCGCUUGCAAUUCACGCCCGAGAACACGUGAGCUGCUCCCGAAUUUCAAUCCCCUGUCUUCGGGUUGUGCAGUAAUACUGAUAUCAGCGUACUAUCCUUAGGUACACCUUUAUUUCCAAGAAGCUUGGGAAACAAAUCUUCGCGGGCAUCAAACAUCAAGUCGAUCCCGAAACGCAGCGUUACCUGCUGCCCUGCAAGUCGAAAGAGACCGACACGAUUGGGUUCUUAAUCCACCAACGCAUGUUCUCCGUUCCCAUUCCCGACUUGAUAUUGUUCGGUAAGUAAUAGUAUCUCAAAGGCCCUUGGUUGCUGUAUCGAUAAUAGUGUUCGAAAGAAGCAAGAAGGCGCUGACCAACCGCGCAUUGCUGUCGGCGUUUCCACUUUGCAGCCUCGAAGUCCAACCCUGGCAUGUGCCAUACGGCUCUGCUCCAGGUUAAGAGCGAGGGGUUGCUGGACGAUUAUACCAUCGCCAUUGGUGCGAUUCUCAUGAGGGUCAGUUCGAUUGAAAAAGGAAACUUUUUUUCGCCGACGCGAUGAGGCGGGCUCUCCCUUUCGCUUCCCACGCUAACGAGUUUUCCGCAUGGUACUCCUCUUGACUGCUUCACACGAACAUUCAGUCCUUCUACACCAUCCUCUCUUACGAAAGGGUACACGGUGGUCUCGCUCUUGGGUUGGCGCAGUCUUCCAUCGAACCCUCGGGCGGCGACCCCAGUCAAUCGGAGAAAUAG